CACCACCGUUCAUAAUUUCAGACGCUCGAUGGUUCGCCUCUCUUAUCAUUUCUGAAAAAUGGUGAAAUUUCGUCAGAGACUCAUCAUUUCUAGAAGCAUAUCAACCUUACCCUGUUUCCGCAAACCGCGGUUCUGUUACGAGCAGCCUGCCAUGUCUGUUCCCCGCUUAUCUACCACUCCACAGGCUCUCCACGAGGAAUUCUUUCGAAAUACCUCACGACGAUGGAUAUUCGACGAGACCGACCGCUUAAACGAACGAUAUGUCAAGUUUCGACCAAGGGAGCUCCAACGCAUUGCCGGCGAAGUGAUGCAACAAGACUCUUGUCCUGAUAUCGCUAAACUGGCAGAGGGAGGUUUCAACAAAGUGUUUACUCUGCGAGCAACAAAUGGCCGUGAAGUGAUUGCGCGAAUUCCCACCCCGAUUGCCGGACCAGCCCGUUACACUACCGCGAGUGAGGUUGCCACGAUGGACUUUUUAAGGACUGUCCUCAAACUGCCAGUACCGGAGGUCUUUACAUAUUCAAUAACUUCAGACAACCCUGUCGGAGCAGAGUAUAUUUUGAUGGAGCGGGUUGAGGGGGAGAGUCUUUCUUCACGAUGGUUAUCUCUCACAACCGAUGAGAUGAAAGACAUCAUGACUCAAAUCGCAGAUAUAGAGAGGAAAAUUUUUGACUUCAGUUUUCCCGCAUAUGGAAGCUUAUAUUACAAGAAGGAUCUUGACGGGGAAACCCAGAUACCAAUUAUGGAUGAUUUUGUUGUUGGUCCUGUCUCUACCCGGCAGUUUUGGCAUGGCGAACGAAGCAAAACAGAAAUUGACCGUGGGCCUUGGCUUUCACCCGUGGACUGUGUUACCUCCGCGGCUCGCCGAGAGAUGGCUGUCAUUCAGCAUCAUGCCAAAGCUCAGCCUCGGCAGACAUUCCUUCUACCAACCGACUAUAAUAUCCAUCCCUCGGAGCACAGCUCGUUACUUUCGCAAUUCCUACAGUUGGCGCCUCAUUUAACACGACCAGGUUCUUACAGCGCUCCGACGCUAAGACACCCCGAUUUGAGCCUGAGUAACAUUUUACUAGCUCCAAGAUCAUCCAAAAUCAUCAGCAUCAUUGAUUGGCAGGAUGCCGCGAUAUUUCCACGCUUCAUACAAGCAGGUUAUCCCGCAUUCUGUGAGCAUGACCCCUCUCAGCCUCAAAGUCUGCAUGUUCCAUCUCUCCCCGAUAAUUUCGAUGAGAUGAGCAUUGACGAACAGAAACAAGCCAAAGUUAUAUUUCGCUUGGAAGAGGCCAACCUGUACUACACUGCUGCGACGGGUGUACAUAAUGAUAAGCACAUGGAUGUGCUGAAAGCUCCUCACCUCGGAAUGCAGCAGUAUCUCAUUCACCAAACAGGGUAUCCCUGGGAUGCAGACAUAAUUAAUCUGCGUGCUGCGUUAGUAGGCAUCACGACCUUAUCGGUAUGGAGUAAAAUUUCCUCCGCAGUUUGUCCGGUUGUGUUCAGCGAUGAAGAACGGGAGGCUGCUAUAGCAGAUUCACGGGAGUGGAACGAGUCUGAACAGCUCCUGUCGCAGGUUAGAGAACACCUCAGUAUCGAUCCGGAAGGUGGGACCGGGCCGGAUAACUUUGGGAGGGCAGUGGAGGGCAAUCGCCAAUUUCGAAUAGAAAUGGCUAGGCAAGCAGAGGCGGACCAACGGGAGAUCUGCUGGCGUAAUUGGCCAUAUAAGGAUAAAGAAGACAAUAGCAUGCCUCCUCAUAUAUAAGUAGGGCUAUCGUAAGAAGCAUUAGAGGACAAAUAAUAAUAAAACUUUUAUAGGUGGGAACGCGGUUCGGCAAUAGUAUAGAGAUAUCUGAGGGAGAAAAAUAAGAGCUCCAACC